AAUUUACUGAAAAUGAUUUGACAUGUAAUAAGAAAAUAGCAUCAUAACUUUUCAACGAAUCUUAGACGUUAAUAGAAAUCACAAUUAUGUUUGAAGGAAUUUUUUGAAGAAAAGGAAUACAUGACUACUAUCAAUUUUUGGUAUCUUAUGAAAAUAAAUACAAGUUAUUUAUUUUUUUGAAAAAAAAUAUUGAAGUAAAAAAUAAGUGCAUCAUAUUAAAAAAAUAUAUAUACAAAAAAAUAUUAAACGAAAAAGUAAUAAAACAAAGGGCGAAAUGACGAGACCGCCCAACAAUGAUAAUCUUGUGACAUUUAAACUAGUUGUGGUUGGAGAUGGAGGCGUAGGGAAAAGUGCCCUGACUAUACAAUUCUUCCAAAGACUUUUUGUUACCGAUUAUGAUCCUACGAUCGAAGACAGCUACAUUCAACACACAGAAGUGGAUAAGCAAUGGUGUAUCCUAGAUGUUCUUGAUACUGCGGGUCAAGAGGAAUUUAGUGCUAUGAGAGAACAAUACAUGAGAAAAGGAGAUGGAUUUCUUUUAGUUUACUCCGUAACUGAUAAACAAUCUUAUGAAAAUAUUAUUAACUUCCAUACUCAAAUUCUUCGAGUUAAAGAUAGAGAUGUAUAUCCUAUGUUACUGGUUGCUAAUAAAGUGGAUCUUGUCCAUUUAAGAAAAAUCACAGAAGAGCAAGGACGAGAACUAGCACAUAGACUUGGAAUUCCUUACAUUGAGACUUCAGCUAAAGAUCCUCCAUUAAAUGUUGAUGCAGCUUUUCAUGAGGUCGUACGCAUCAUUCGAAAUCAACCACCUACGGAGUUUGAAAAAAAUCGUAGAAAAAGAAGACGAUCUGGCAAGUGUAGUCUUCUUUAAAGAUUAAAUGGAAUGGACAGAUUGAAUAAUUGGUUGUUUCCUGUGUUUAUUUUAUAUUUGUGGUUGAUGGAAUUUUUGUGGAACAUAAUAACUGAAACAUUUGAAGAUUAAUAAUAUACUGCCUAGUCAAAUCAUAUUUCUUUGAAGAAAGGUAAAGAUAUAUUUAAAAUUUAUAUUAUCAUUCUAAAAAUAGUUUAUUGAUUUUUUAAUUAAUAUGUAUAUUAUUUUUAAAAAAUCACAAGGAAACUUUUUAAUUGGAUAUAUUUCAUGUUUCCGUCUUAUAUGCUCUGUAACGAGCAAUCCAAUACAAUGCAUUAAUGAGAGUUUUAAUUUAAUCUACAAUAAAGGUUGUAUUUUGCUGAAUUAUCUAAAUAUUAUAUUAAAACUUACAAUUGAUAACAUCGAAAGCUUCAUAUAAUCAUCUAUUUUCACAUUAUUUAAUAAAAUGAUAAAUAUAAAUAUUUAUAAAAUAAGCAUAUAAACACA